UUACAAUGCUGAGGGUUAGCUGGAUGUAUCAGAAGUGAUAUAUUUGAACAUGCCAGUUGAAGAUGAAUGUGAUGCCUCUGAUUUCCAGAUCCGGGUGUUUGAACCUAAAGACUAUCCAGCUGUCAAAAGGCUGUUCAUUGAUGGCAUCAUGGAAAAUGUCACUCCAGCUUUCAAGGAAGCUCUCCCUCUUCCGGUCAACCUUACUGUUCUGGCAGGCAUCGCCGCAGUUACAUAUGUCCUGCCAGGCCAUCUCAGAUGGCUAGGAGUUGUGGUAGCCACCGCCUGGAUCGCAACUGUCUACUGGUGCUGCCACAUGUUUUAUGCCAUUUAUGUUAAAGACAAACUGGCAUCGGAGAUGAAAGACAUUGAGAAGCACUUUUUGUCAUCACCUGGUAAUUGUUAUUGGGUGGCAGAACACAAGAAAUUAAAAGUCAUAGGUGGAAUGGUGGCAGUGAAGAGUUGUGUUGGUGCAUCAAAGAAAGACAUAAUCACACCUGACCGAAAAAAUACACUAAACAAGAGCACACCUGCGAACAUUAUACCUGCUCAGGAGGAGAUGGGUGAUGAAUGUCCACGGCAAAAUAAUGCCCAAUCUGAUACCAGUCAUCACAAAGCAGAAUGUCAAAACACUGCUGAGAGCUGUGAGAUAUUCCGGAUGAUAGUAGACAGGCAGUACCGUCGCCAUGGACUUGGUGUUCGACUGAUUCAGACGGUGCUGGACUUUGCUCAGAAACGUGGAUAUAAGAAGUGUGUUUUGGGGACGUCGAAAGCCCAGAAGGCUGCACAGAAGUUGUAUCUCAAAGUCGGAUUUCAGCUUAUUAAAACAUUUGCCCUCAACAUUAACAGAUUUAUCAAUGUCCUAACUGGGACAAAGGAGUUUUACUUUGAAAAGCAGCUUUAGUGGCAGCCCCCCAGCUCAUUCCACCUUCCUAGAGCUUCUGCUUUAUGAUCGGUCUAUAAAAUUGAUGAGUCCAGUGUUGGUGUGUUCUUACACCCAAAGAGCUCCUCUAGCACUACACCAUUUUCUUCAAACACUGAUUCAGGAGGAUCACUGGGACCACAAUUUUAUUUUAUUCCACCCAGUUUGACAGUCAGCAAGGGUGUGGAAAUCUAAUGCCCGACUCGUCGGACACGGGUAAAUUGACCGUCGGACAAGCGUGUUUUCUGGUUUCAGUUGUCCGCGGACA